GGAUUGAAUGGCGUACCUCAUGAGACGGAGAUCGCCUCCUGCGCCGUUCUGGAAGAAAAGAACGGGUGCUGAAUGAUCUUUGUGACAGGCAUGUGUCUCAUCCCCAAUCUUGCAGGCACGAUUGUUCAAAUGAGAAAUUCUGAUGGUCAUGUUGACAAUAGCAUGGUGGCUGUUAAGCCAUGGCAGGGUGAAGAGGCGCCAAGGAUGUCCAUAUACCUGUGGAUACUUGUAUAAUUGGCCAUAGUAUGAUAUAGACUCCCGUAGUGGCGUUGUCGCGACUGAGGGUAAGCGACUAGGCGCAGGAAGAGAGCAUGAGUUGGCAGACCAGGGGCCACAACUGUUGCGUAUAUGAUGUGCUACAGGGUGUCUGUACCCCGCAAAGGCUGUGCUCUCGUCAAGUGACUAGCUCGAGGAUAGGGCGGUUGGGACCCAGUAAAAGUGCCAGGGAGAGGGAAAAGCUGUAUGUCGUGAUAUUGCAGUGCGGAGGGGACGGAUCGAAGCCAUCCUGUACGGCCAGCUUAACGGGAGGCUGCUAUAGCUGCACACCCCACAUUCGCGGACCGCGAUGCUCAACGUUUCCCAUUGAGGAAGAAAGAGGGGAAACACGGUCGGCUGGCGAUAAGUCGGACUGGAACUCGCACACAGCAGGGGGGAAGGAGGGGGUUUGCGCGCUCAGACAAUGUGUAUGGCAUGUUUGUCACGUUGCUAACCUAGGCGUUACUCUCUUCCCUGCUAGUCAAGAAGUGGUGUCUGUGCUCGACGGGACCCCCGGUCCAGUGGCAUUACCGUCCAGGCUUGCGUGGCGGAAGGAUGAAGCCCGCGCUAAUGGGACACUCUCCUCCGGUCGAGGUUGAGAGUCUGAAUGCCCGAGAUCAAUGAAACUGAAGGUUUUGGAGCGGGGUGGACAGGACGGGCGGCUUGGAUGUCUGUUGCAUGGGGGUAUAACUAGGUAGCUGUCAUGUGUACUGGCGCGGUGUGUUUGCAGAUUG